AUGGAUCCUGCUCCCGGUAGUGGUGGUGAAAGUAGCGAUGAUGAUGACGAUGUACCAGUAACAAAAGCGACUAAAGACGACGAUCUAUCUGUGCCACAGAAGGAACACGAUAAAACAUCAUCUGAACAUAACAUGUCUAUCGGCUACCAUAUGAAUCAUUUAAACUCGGGUUUCCAAGAUGAGGAAAUAAGAAUUUGUACUGAGGGCAUUGCGGAGAUUCAGUCGGCAUUAGCAAGGUUCGCUCAAGAAGACAUGGAAAUUCCUGAAGAAGAACGCAGUAUAGCCAUGCUCGCUCGGGCUGCACGGAUGUUGGAUAGCGGUGAGAGCGACGAUGAUGAAGAACAACAAUCGCCUGCUGAGCACGGCGAAGCUCAAGUAUCAUCUGUGGACAUUGGCAACAACGGAUACGAAAGGUACAUUCCUAUCAAUAAGGUAUUACGGGAUAAAGGCAAGAACCCGCUCUGGAAUAUCUUCAAAAAUCUUAUUUAA